AAAUUCCCUCCUUUCAAAGAAUACCAAACCCUUCUCUUCCUGUUUUCUCUUCUCCUCUGUUCUCUUCUCAGCUGUCUCUGCAAAUCUCAUCCUCGGAGAUGUCGAAGCUCACAGACAAUCCCUUUCCUUCUCCUUCAACCUCCCCAAUCCCUCGGUCUCCCCGGCCGGAAGAAAAGCAUCCCUCUUUGGCUGGCCUCAAUCUUCUAUAUCAGCCCUUCUUCCCCCCAUACCCAUCUCCUCAUCUCAUCAACUCUGCCCCUGACCCAAUUCUCCCACGUUCCCAUCUCAACUUGUAAGUCAUCUUCCCCUUGAACCCAGAUGGCCGCUUUCGAAGCCGCCGAGUCCUCGAGUCCCCGCCCCAAGCCCAACCCCCUCGCCCCUUUCAAGUACUCCAAACGAGUGCUCCUGAAAACCCUGCUGGAGCGUGGAGACGGCGGCGCGGAGUUCAUCGGUGAGCGGGUUGUAAUUGGAGGCUGGGUCAAGUCCUCGAGGGAGGAGAAGAUAGAGCCACCGCGGGCCCCGCCUACGCCCCAGGACCAGGCAGGUCCGGCAGAAGAGCAGAAGGACGUGAGCUGCGUCGAGAUUUUACAGACGCGGAUACCAUUUUUCAGGUCGAUUGUUAAGGUGUUUGGGGGAAUUAACUACACCGUGAGGCCGAAGUUGGAGGGUCCUGCGGUUCCCCCGAAACUCCUGCCUUCCACUGCUUACCUGCGAGUUAGUGACGGUUCCUGUGUCCCGAGCCUUCUGGUUGUGGUGGAUUCAUCUUUGGCUUCUCCGAGUCAGCUCCUCCCUACAGGGACCUGUAUAUUGGUUCAAGGUGUACUACGACAGUCCUCAAACCCGGGAAAACAUGCCGUCGAACUCGAAGCAGAUAAAGUUCUUCACAUCGGGACAGUCGAUCAAAGCAGCUAUGUGUUUUCAAAGAAGAGGUUGCCACUGGAUAUGUUGAGGAGUUGCUUGCACUUCCGACCUCGCACAACUACGGUCGGAUCUGUUAUGAGAUUACGCAGCUCCCUUACUUUUGCUACUCACACAUUCUUCCAGAACCAUGGGUUUUUGAAUGUGCAAGUACCAAUCAUCACAAGCACUGACUCCGAAGGAUCGAGCGAAAAGUUCCUGAUAACAGCUAUUUCGAGCAGGGACAGUGAGAAGGAAGAUCAAAAGUUCACCAAGGAAAAGGACAACAUCAGCCUUGAUGUUGUGAAGGCUGCUGUCAAAGAGAAAAGUGCGCUGGUUGAACAACUGAAAAGAAGCGAAAGCAACAAGGAAGCACUUGCCGCUGCAGUUCAGGAUUUGAAGAAAACGAACGAGUUAGCAGCACAGCUGGAAGCAAGAGAGAAAUCGAAACAUGGAGCUUCAAGCAAGCCUGAGUCCUCCCAAAAUCCUUUUAUUGAAAAGACAUACCUAACAGUCUCAGGCCGGCUUCAUCUAGAAAGCUAUGCCUCUGCCCUCGGAAAUGUUUACUCUUUUGGUCCCCGAUUUCGUGCAACCAGAGUAGAAUCACCUAAACUCUUACCAGAGAUGUGGAUGGUUGAGACCGAAAUGGCAUUUUCGAAGCUUGAGAAUGCAAUGGAUUGUGCGGAUGACUUCUUCAAGGUCCUCUGCAAGUGGGCGUUGGACAACUGCAUCGAAGACAUGAAAUUUGUCUGUAAGCGGAUAGACAAGACAAGCAUCGACCGUCUUCAGUCGGCAACAUCCAAACCCUUUGCAAAGAUUACAUAUACAGAAGCAGUGGAAGCAUUGAAAAAGGCCAAGGAUAAGAUGGAAGUGAAAGUCGAAUGGGGCUUUGCUUUUACGACAGAGCACCUAAGUUACUUGGCUGAUGAAAUCUACAAGAGUCCUGUGAUCAUAUAUAACUAUCCUAGAGACUUGAAACCAUUUUACGUGAGAUUGAAUGAUGACGGGAAAACUGUGGCUGCCUUUGACAUGAUUGUGCCAAAGGUGGGGAAGUUGAUGUCAGGUAGCCAGAACGAGCUUCGAGUGGACAGGCUAACCAAAAGGAUCAAAGAGUUGGGACUCCCAAAAGAGCAGUAUGAAUGGUAUUUGGAUCUCAAGAGGCACGGCGCUGUGAGCACUUCGGGGUUCAGUUUCAAUUUCGACCUGAUGCUUCUGUUCACGACUGGUAUGACCAAUGUCAGGGACGUUAUCCCCUUCCCCCGGGGUUUAGGCAAACCCAACAACUGACAGACGUUCUUGCCCUGCUCGAGACUCGAACUGUGAUACUUGUCGCCAAAAAAUAUUGUACUCUUCUCAUGAUGAUUGUGCUGUCGUAUGUUCGGGUCAUGUACACAAGGUGGAUGUACAGUUGGGUCGAUACUUGUAUGCUACAUGAAAAUGUAAAAAUGAAGAAGAUUUGAGUGUUUCAUAAAUAAAA